AUGUACAAGCCACGUGUCAAAGCGCACAAGUCCAAGAAUCUCCAUCACUCCGACGGUGCGAGGGGGUGGCCCCCGGAAGAGUCCGCGGCGUCCGCCGCUACCCACUCCAGCGGAGAAUGGAGCGGAACUGCAGAGGCUUUGAGCGCUGGAGAAGCUGUAGGCGGAAUGGCGGCGGGCGGAAUGGGCGCGGGCGGAAUGCCGGUGAGCAGCCCGGACAUUCUGGGAAAAGGGUGCUUCAGCUGGCGCGGCGUGUUUCACAAGGACCACGGCGCGCGCUUGCUUAAAUUAGAAGGCGGCGGUGUAGCGGAGGUGCUUGUAGUGGAUCCUGGGCGUAGAGACGACGAGGUGAGAACCCAUCAUGGGUAUGCUAUGGCGGGUUUCAGCGGAGGGGGAGAGCAUGCGGGGAUGACGGGCGCGCACGGACAGGGGGAGGACGUGGGGGGAUACGAGCGUGGUAGUGAUAGGGUUGGGGGGAGAGGUGAGUCAAUGGCAGGGGCGGAGAGGGAGCAGGAGAGGGCGUUAGGAGUGGAGGAGCGAGGCUGUGUCUGUAUCGUGUCUUCUGCUGCUGCUGUCGUGGGGUCCGGUGAAACGCAUGACCUCUCAGUGCGUACGGACGACACGGUUUCAUCCGACGUAGCGACGGUCGGUAGCGUUUCAUCUGCACGCCUGAACGCUGACGGCGUUUCAUCCAGCCGUGCGGCCGCGGCGGACGGAGCAGGCGCGUGGGAAGCAGCUUCAGGGUCAGCGCGAGAGCGAGACACCACGAGUGCAUCACAGGAGAUUCCACUCGAGGGAGGUGUGGGCGAGGGGGGCAGGGGCGAAGCAGCACGUGGGAGAGUGGAGAGUGACUUGCUAGCCAAUGGGGAUGUGGCGGCAGGGAGCACUGGUGCUGUCACUGGCAUCAGUGGGUAUUCUCCUCUCACCACCGCUGCGCCCACUCAGGUGCUCCCUGUCCCUGUGGAUCCCUCUCUCACUUGCCCUCCCUACCCUCCCUCAUUGUCUACUCACCCUGACGCAACCGCCUCUUCUCCUUCCGCCCUCGCCUCCGCCCUCACCUCCCCUCCUCUCAACCUUUCUUCGCCACCCCUCUCCGCGGCUCCUCCCACGGACGCCACCCCCUUGGGCCCUCUCCCCACCAUCACUCCCUCCGCCACCGCCCCUUCCCUCCCCAGCCUUUCCGCCCCCCAACCGUCCGCGCCCCCCCCUCGGCCCCACACCGCCGCAGCAUCCUCCCUCCCCCGCCCGCCCCACGCCCUCCCCCCCACCCCCGCCAGCAGGGAAGGGGGGCACCAGAGGGGGGCGAGAGGGGGGGUGAGCAGGGAGGGGCGGGGGGGGACGGCGGGGACGGGCAGUGGGCGCAGUGGGGUGUCGAGCGGGGGCAGGUGGAGUGGGGGAGGCGGGGGAGGGGGGGGAGCGGGGUUUCAUGCGCGCAAGCUGUCAACAGACGACAGCUUCCUGGGUCUUUCCUCCCGCAGUCCGCUAGACACGUCCGCCUGCACUGCCAGGACGCCCCGCCUCUCCCCCCACCCGCCCGCUGCUGCUGCCACCGCCGCCGCCACUGCCACUGCUGCCACUGCCGACACUGCCACGUCACCCAGCAUCAUCCACAAGUCGCCGUCCACGCCGUCCGUCUCCACCGACGAUGAGCUGGCGCCGCUGCCUGGCCUUGGGAUUGCCGGGGCAGGGGCGAGAGCGGGAAUGGAGGGGGGAAUGGUGGGAGGGGGCGCAGCAGAAAGGGGAGCUCUGGGGGAAGGGGAGGGGAUGGGGGGAGGGGCGGGAAUGGGGCAGUACGGGGGCGCAUAUAUCCCCAGAAUCGAGAGUGUGGGCAGCAGCAGUGGGUCGGUGGUGGCAGGAGAUGGGCUGGUGGGCGUGCCAAGGCCGAGCACGCUCAAGACGUGGAAGUCCAUGCACUCCCACCGCCAUAAACUCGCCCGCGGGCUGCUCUUUGCUGGAGGGGAGAGUGGGGAGGAGGGCGGAAUGAGCCCCAGGGGCCUGGCGUUCAUGGCAGGCGCCCGGCGCAGGGGGCUGUGGCGCCGCACCGUCACGCCCAAGGAGUCUGUCAAGCGCCUGCUCAUGUGGCCCCAGGCGGGUUCUCAGGUGUCCCGCUGCGCCCCAGGUGAUUCCUCUGCUGAAAACUCCUGGUCGCCUGUGGACCCUGCUUCCUUUGACGUGCGCGGAGAAACUUUUUUAUCUGACCGCCGCAAAGUGCCCGCCUGCCCGCCGGCCAUUUACGAGCCGUGGGGCGUGGACGUCUUUCACACGCCACUCAAAAUCCGCCACGUGGCAGAGCAUGUGGAGCUGCCUGCUUCCCUCUUUGGCAGGGGCGGUGGGGGGGAGAGUGGGGAGGUGCAGCAGGAGGGGGUGGAAGGGGGGGAGAUGGGGCAAGGGGAGGCAGAUGGUUGCAUGGAUGGCGUGUGUGCGGAGGUCUAUGGGAUGGGAGAAGAGGGAGAGAGCGGAGACGAAGGAGAAGGAGGAGGAGAAGGAGAAUGGGGAGAGGGGUGGGUGCUGCCUGAGGUGCUGGUGGUGAACCUGCAAGUACCGCUCUACACCACUCUGCCGCUACUACAGCAGGAGCAGGACGGGGAGGGAAUCAGCCUGGUGCUCUACCUGAAUCUCAGCCCUGCUUAUGCCCGCGGCGUGCCACCAUGCCUCGCUGCCAUGCUCGAGCCUCUGUGCCAACCGCCAGCGCCAACUUUCUCUCCGCAGCCAGGGAUGGGAAGCAGCAUGCAGGUGCCCGCGGCCACAGAGGAGAGCACUCCUGACUGCACUGCAGCGGUAGCGGCUGUAGCAGGGCCUGGCGUGGGGUACAGUGCUGCAGAUGCAAGUCAUUCGCGCUCUGGCAGCAAGGGGAGUGGCAUGGGUGGCAGCAGCAGCGGGAGGGGGGGUAAGGCAGUUGGGGGCAGUGAGGCCGGGCGGAAAGAAUCUCCAAACGCGUUCAAGUGGGAUCGGCCGAAGCUGCUGGCUCGGGUGGUGAACGAGGCAGGCAUGGGGCUAGGCUCGGGUACAAAGAAGACGGUACAGAGCUGGAGUGGACAACCCAUCCUGACUCGCUCCCACCACUCGCUCAUUCGAGGAGAGAGCAAGCCGUAUGUGGAGAUGGAUAUUGAUGUGCAUCGCUUCCCCAACCAGGUCAAGAGGGGCCUGCUCCCUCUGCGCCGCCACCUCUCCUCCUGUGUCUUUGACAUCGCCAUCAUCCUUCAGGCGCAAUAUGGGGGAGAAGCGGGGGAAGAGGGGGAAAGGUCAGACGACGAUUGGCGAAACAGCGAGUUCGGAUUCUCCGGGCUUGCUACUAUCGCGGACGUAGUGGAUGAACUGGACGGCGAAUGGAUGGACGACACGUCAGCGGGAGGAAUCGAGGCUGAACACCCAACGCAUUCUCCCUUGGCAUUGCCGACAGCGAGUGAAACGCGCAUGCCAGGCGGCAGCAGCAGCAGCAUCAGAUUCCACAAUCGACCCCGUCGCGGCACGGCAAAGGCCCGGCGCUGGCAGUCGUUCUCCCCCUCGCCGUGUGUCUGCCCGCCCCUCUCCGCCUCCUUCCGCCCCAUCUUCUUCCGCAACCUCCGCCUCCCCGCGUACUCCGUCAUCUCCACUCCCCCUUCCUCCUUUCCGCCUUCCCCUGCGCCUUCGUACCUCUCCGCCACUUCCUCCGCCACCUCCGUACCUAUUCUCCGCCACAGGUCCGCGGAUUCUCCUUCCCCAUCCUCCUCCUGUAGCACUUCCACCUGCGCCUCCCCCACCUCCUCCGCGGGGCAUCCCCCCGAUGCUGGCAUGCCGCCGCUCCCCCGCCAGGUCGACUGGCGCAAGUUCGACUCCCCCUGGCGCGCAAUGCUCUUCCGCAUCUGCGGGUUCCAGUCCGCCGUGCUGCAGCGGCGCCAGCACGUCUUCGUCAUGCGCCACGCGGAGCGCCUAGACGCCGUCGAUCCGCGAUGGGCGCAGCGGGAGCCCACCAGCCGGCCGUGGGAUCCGCCGCUGUCGGAAUGGGGGCGGUACCAGGCGUACCAGGUGGGGGUGCGGUUGAGACGCGAGGGGUGGGGGGUGACGCGCGUGGUGUGCGCGCCGUACGUGCGCUGCGCGGAGACGGCGGCGGAGCUGAUAGCGGCGAUGAGCAGCACGCCUGACAUGGACUACGCGCCCUCGGGGCCCGGGUAUGGGCGCUCCUCGUCGCCGUGCCUGCCGCUGCCGCGCGUGGGGCGCGGUGGUGCGGAGGGUUGCAGGACGGUGGGCGUGCAGCGCCAUAUCCUCCGAGCCAUGCAGGUGCUCAGGUCUGGGCAACCGCUGACGCCCGUGCAGGCUCUGCAGCACCGGAAGCGAAAGCAUGCGAGAGACGUGGCCGGUUCUCUUUCCGGUUCAUACCACGAUCCUGCUGAUCGGAAGGCUCAGGAAGCAGCUUCGGCGUCUGACAUGUGGCAGGCAGGCAUGCCAGUCCCUCUGCCCCUCAUCCAUGCCUGCAUCGACUACUCCCUCUGUGAGGUGAUCCCGCCCGGAACAGCACGGCCGCGUUUGUCCCAUGCGCUGGCGGGUCGGGCGGCGCUGGAGGCAUUGUUGCCGGCAGAGUGUGUGGAGAGGGUGGGGUGGACAGUGACAGGAGGCGCGGACUUGAGGGUCCCAAGGGGACCGGAGGAAGUGGAGCGGGCGGCAAUGAGACUGGUGACAGCCAUAGACCGAAUUGCAGAACAGCUUCGCAUGGACCUGAAGCGCGAUGUUGCCGUCACUCACAAAAUUCUCCUUUGCGUGCAUGACCAAGCUCCUGUCUUCAGCGUUAAGCCCAUCGUCGCCGCGACUAUAGCUGGCGGCGCCACUUUCUCUCUCCUCUCCCUCAACGCGAGCUUGCUCCACGCCCUCUCGUCUCUCAUCUCCGUCGCCUGUUAUCCCAUCGCCAGCCUGCUUCCAUCACCGCCACCCUCGCCGUCGCCAACGACCCCUGAAAUCGCUCCGUCCGCCACUCCCACUUCCGAGAAUGGAUCAUUCUUUGCGUACACCAAGCAGGCUGCACCAGCAGCACUGGCGACAAUGGCGGUGACCUUCCCCAACGCCAUGCAGGAGGACACCUUCAUCCAUGCGCUCGCCCUCGAACUCGCCAACCUCGGCUUUAAGAGGGACAACUGCAUAGCGCUCGUGAACACGUGUCGAGACGAAGUUUGCCGGCCAAUAGUGAAGCUGAUAGACCGCGAGUUUGGGCUGUCGUUCAACAUCGCGGGGCUGGGAGGGCUCGUCAACUGCGGCACCACGGGGUUCAAGGCCGCCAUGUCGCACUUGCCGGAGUUUCCUUGUGAAGUCAAUGAUGACCAAGUGCGCGAGAGAUCUGCAAUGCCUUCCACGUUCCUUGACCAUGUAGCCACUCUACUUUACCUUCCUCUGCUCACCUCCCUUGCUCUCCUGCCAGACGUCUUCUUUGGCUUUCCACAUGUGUCGGUGGGCGAGUCAGGGCAGGUGGGGUCGUUGCUGAGACGAGGCCGGGGCAAGCCGUCCAGUGCGUGCGGGGCAUUGAUCGCCAUCAAGAACGACAUAUCAAAGGGAGGCCUGGUGGAGGAUGACGCUGAUGACAAGGAGUAUGUGCUGCUCAAAAAGAAGAUCGCUGCUCGGGUGCACUCCUUUGGAUCGGAUGGUCCAUCACUGGUGCGAGUGACCAAGGCGGCACUGGCGGCAAUCACGGAGGACAUUGAGAGGCUGGUGAAACGCACUGUGAACCCUGAGACUGCAGACUAUGCGGUCAUCACUGGCGUGCAAAUACACUCUGGCUAUCAGAUUCCAGGGGAGCCAUUUCAACUGGAGCGCACGUGUGACUACAUUGCACCGAGUGCAAUGUACGCUGUGGUUCGUGGAACGAAGCAUGUUUUGCAUUGCGAAGUGGACCAAAUCAGAGACAUCACGUCAUUACCAGCAAGACACAUGAUUGAUUAG